UGAAAUACAAGACAACAUAUUAGACUUUCUCUUAUACUGUAUCCAGUAGUCAUUAUUUAUAGUAAGUCCUUGAUUUCCGAUGAGGUGUGGUUUAAUGUGUUUAUUACAAAGACAGUGAAAUAGGGAAGUGAUGACAAAAUCCCAUAGCUCCUCCUCACAACCUUUGAAUGGGUCGCCAGCCUCCACCAAGUAAUUUUUACAUCCCUACCAGGGCAGGCGUCACAUAUUCCACAAUGUCUCCUAAAUGGUGUGCGCUAUUUCUUCUGCUAUCAGGUACACAGGCUUUCUUGAUCCACAACGUGCGCCGGAGCCUGUGCCUGGAUGAAGUGGUCGAAAGUGGUGAAGUGGUAGCCAGAAAGUGCAGCCUGGACUCGGCCUCUCAGCAGUGGAUAUGGGAGGAGCGAACCCGACUGGUAAAUAUGGCUACCUCCAGGUGUCUAUCGGCCUACAGCGACCAGCCCCUGCGCACCGAGCCCUGCCCUGAACCCGGGGAGAGGGCCCUGGAGCUGGAGUGGGAGUGUGACAGUGGCAGACUGAUGAGCAGGAGCAGCUCUCUGUGGCUAUCAUUAAAAGACCAGCGCUUGGUGCUCACAGACAGCAGCAAGAACAUCCAGUGGAGGUCGUUGGAUAAGGGAGAUAUCUGCCAGGAGACGCUCAGAUCUAGGAGAGCAUCGGAGGAGUUUGAAGUCGCCCCAAAGCCCACUCUGUCAUCAGAAGAGAGGGAGUACCUGCGCUGGUUUUAUCGCACUGAGGAUGCACAAUAUUGGAAGUUUUCAGUCCUGGCUCUGGCCUUCGUCUGCCUCCUUAUUGGCUUCAUGUUGCUGGGGAUGGGUGCCAUGGCCAAUAAGAACAGAAAGAAGAUAGCCAAGUACAAGGCAGCGGCUGCUCUGCUUCAGAAGAAAGAUUGUGAGGAGUUGCGGGUCAUAUCGCUCGAAGACACCAGCGCACCCAGCACGCCGCUAGCCAAGCCUCCCGCCUCCUCCUCACCGCCCAAUGGGGAGCUGAGCGACUGCAAGCCAGGGAACAUCGUGCUCACAUACAAAGACGGAAACACCUCCAGCCUGUACCCGGACACCACAGCAGCAACAGCAGAAGAAGUGAGCCUGACAGGGGAGGACAGGCAGGCCGAGGCAGUGGAGGAGGAGGCAGCUCUGGAGAUAACGACUGCACAGCCAGACACACAGGAGGAAGAGGAGGAGAAGGUGGUGACAGAGUGUAAUGAUUAAAGUUGAAAUGCAGUUUAAAGAGCCUGUAUCUGAUUUUAAUUUAUUCUUGUUAAGAUAAAGGCUCUUUACAUGCAUUGGAUGGUUUCAAUUGCUAAAUAAGAGGAAUCUGACGCUGUAAAAUAUCAUCUAUUCAUUUUACAUAGGACUGCAUGACCGUGUGUCAAGGCGCAAUGUCACAGUGGCAAAAAUGACUAAGUGGGCAGGGCUAAAAGUUCAAACUAUAACAUGUUCCUGACUCAUGUUUGAGAUCAGGUACAGGCCCUUUUAAAGAAGAUAUAUUAUACUUUUAUGGGUAUAUUAAACUGCAGCAUACAUAGAUAAUGAUUUACAUUUUGUUUAUUGUAAAACAGAAUAUUGAUUUCAAACAGCUUGAUAAAGAAACGGGUUCAUUGACCUCCUGUUCAAUACUGCAGAACUGAUAAACCCUGCCUCCUCAUAGUGGCAUUUCACCAAAGCCAGGUUGUGAUUUUAAUUUAACCUGGAGUCUUUUUUCUUUCUUUCUUUUUUUUUUUUUUUUUUUUUUAGUAAGUGUAUUUUUAAGUCAGUACACACAAGUGGAUGGGGUCAGAGGGUAGUUGAACAAAAUACAUUAUCUGAUAAUUCAGAUAAUGAGGGAACACCAUUAUAAUAUGGUUAAAAGCUCAUAAAAGUUGAUUUUACAUAAUAUGUCGCCUUUAAACUUCAUAUCAGAGCUCCAGAGAUUAUGCAAGUCCUAAUCUUAUAUCAGUUUAAUGAUAUAAGACCAGGUUCUGCCUCUGGGAAGGUGUAGUAAUUAAUAUAGUUGAAGUAGGUCACAGUAUGUCUCAUUUUCACAAGAGUAUGCAGAAAGCGAACCAGUGAAUGUCAACUUUAAUACAAGUUUAUAUCUCUUUAUAAUGUGAUGACUAGUGACUAAGGCAAACAACAGAAAUGUGUAAAGUUUUAUUUACAAUAAACAUGAUCAUAAUAAUAGCAACUGUGUGGAGAUUUGUCAGUCUGUGUGUGUGCUGGUUACAUUAUAAUGUGAGUAUUGUACAGAAGUAGAGAAAACAAAAGUCACGGAUGAUUGAAUCCUGAUGCUCCUCAUGCUGGGACAAAUAGUUCAAAUGAGGUUAAAAACAGUAGGUGCUAGCCAUAAAGUCGUUUAGUGCAGGAUAUUUGAGUGCUAAAAUGAUCAGAACAGAAAGCUGAUUGACUUUGUAUGGAGGGGGUAUUUUACUUCCAUGGGGUAUUAACUGCUAACACAUAACAUAUUUAGAUAACCAUGUAACGUUUUAUUGUUUAGAAAAUGCUAUAUUAAUGGAAAAUAUAUGUUUUACUUUCAUCGUUGACGCUCAGUGUGUAUCGCACUUCAGUGAUCCCUCGUUUAUCGCGGGGGUUACGUUCUAAAAAUAACCCGCGAUAGGUGAAAUCCGCAGUAGUCAGCUUUAUGUUUUACAAUGAUUAUGUCUAUCUUAAGUCUGUAAAACCCCUCACCACACACUUUAUACACUUUUCUCAAGACAGGACAGGUGCAAUCCUUUUUGCAUCCUUUUUAAAACUUACUGCUGCUGUCGUCCUUUUGUUAUUUUCCUCCUUCUUUAUGUAACGAAUAGAAGAUUAAUUUAUUCCGUAAUGGAGCCCUAUGCACCCGCACAGUACAACACUACACCCACCCGUUAACCCGGGAUUAUACCAAACUGUUGCGCUGCAUACACUACGGACUGAACCAAGACUAAACCAGGACUAACCCAGGACUAACCUAGGACUGAUUCCAGGACUGAAGAGGAGGACUAAACCAGGACUUAACAAGGACAAAAAACAGGAGUAAACCAGGACUAAACCAGAACUGAAAGAGGACUCACUGUCGGGAUGGGCGCAGAGCUCCGCACCACGCGGGAAUUGCCCGAUCGUGCUUUGCGGACACUCUGCUCGGGAUUCUCUCUCUUAAGUUCAAGAUUAGUCCCGGUUUAGACCUGGUUUACUCCUGACCCACCUGUGUGUAAUUCCUACCCGCCCGUAAUACACAAUACGUGUUUAACCUUGUAAAAAAAAAAGCAUGCAAAAUUGCCUUAAAAAAAGUCAGUGAUACAGUGAGACCACGAAAGGUGAAACGCGAUAUAGCAAGGGACGACUGUAAUGAAACUACUGCACAUUGCAUCAGGUUUGUCACGUUGCGGUGUCAAGGUAGAAAACUCAAAAAGUAUCUUGCAUA